GACACAGAGACACAGACUGAGGCUGAGAGACGAAGAAAAAGGAGCUCGAAGCAGAGGGGGGCAUGUGGAGAAGGGCAUGAAACUCGUCUUUCGAAACCCGAAUUUUGUUUCAGAUUUUUUUUUCAGACCCUCUUCUUCCAGACUCCAGUUCUGGCGCGGGUUAGAGCCACUUUGGUGGUAUUUGGUGUCAAUUAGAGCAAAACCUCGUAUGACGAAGAGUCAAUAUACAAGUGUACAGAUGAAGAGAGUGCUGCUCUUCCUUUCCCUCCCUCCGGCAAUCGUGUCGGACCAAGCAGAACCUUUCCUCCAAAGUGACUCACAGCUCAGAGGACAAAUUCCAGUGGUUGUGUAAUGGUUGCUGGUGGUCUCUCCCAGCCUCUGUCCAUUUGGUUGCCCACCCUGAACAACAUGUCCCCACUGCACCAUGACCGUGACCACAGGGCUGCAUUGGUGUGACACAAAUGAAAACCACUGACCGGGGCUGCAGUUUGUGGGGUGAACACAGGCCCUUAACAGCGUGACCUGACGGGUUGAGUUUGUGCACUUCUGAUGGGUGUUGGAACCUCGUUCCACCAUGGGGGGGCAACUGUGCGAAACGUAACCGAGCCGAGUCCUGUCGGGUGAUCCAACCUGUAGGUCUCCUCUCGCCAGUAUAUUCAAUCAGAUAUUGACGGCGAUCCCCCACGCUUGACAUGAUUUCUUUGUGGUGUCCUGUGUCAUAAUUGUUGUAAUCGUUAUGGGUAGCUUAGGGUAAGUAGAACCAAUGUGGCCUUGUCAUUGCUAGUGCAACCUGGACAGCUGGUGACAAUGACAUUGCUGUCAUGCUUAAAAAUUGCACUCUGCAAUUAUGUUCAUUUAUGCUGCUUCUAAGAUUUACUUUAAAAAAGGGAGGCAUGGUGAAAUAACUUAAAUCAAAUAUUUUUUAGUUAAUAUAAGAUACACACAUAUAACUAUAUCAGUGACACGUGUGGCAUUACGAAACACACCGGCUCUUUGCCUCUCAAGCAGAACUGAGAAAAGCAGUAUUUUCUGUCACCGAGUCAUAAUCAGAAAAUUUAAAGGUAACUUAAAGGGGCUGAAAAACUAAAUUCCUUGUCUGCAAAAAGUUAAUUGUGGGGCGAGGCUCACCGAUUCAUACCAUAAACAUGUGCAGUGUUCCUCAUGUUGAUCAGCAAGAAAAUACAGAUCAUGCUGACUUCACUAUAGGCAGAUACUUAACAAAAUAGAUAAGUGAAGAAAGCAUUAUCAAUAUAUAUAUAUUAAUAAUAAAUAAAUAAAGAAAAGCUUGUAUCUGCAAAUAUCCGUAAGCUGACUGACUAUAUACUUUGUUAUUGCUUUCAGUAUGAUGUACCCUCUUUUAAAUUAUUCAUUUACAUUUAUUUAUUCAGCAGACGCUUUUCUCCAAAGCAACGUACAACAGUGCGAACAAAAGUGCAUUCCACCAUCAGAUAAAGAGUUAUAGAAGCAGACAUGUGAUUCUUGAAGUACAGGUAGCUUGCCCAGUACCACCACUUUUGCUGGUACGUGUCACAUGAGCAGGUGCAUAUGGAACUGACGGGAAAUACAAAAGUGCUCGUGACGUAUGGCGAGUUUCUGAAGCAGUUAGGAGAUCUGGAGAGAAGUGGGACUGAAAGAGGGCUGUUUUGAUGGUCUUCUUGAAUGUUGAAAGAGAGAUGGCAGCUGUGAAGGACAGAGGGAGCUCACUGCACGAUAUCAGAGCUGAGACCCUACGGACUUUCGAUUUUAGACCUGUUAUGAGUGGGUUAAACAAAUGGCCCAAGAUAGCUGAGCAUCGAGGUUUUACUGGGGCGUAGAGAGUGAUCAGGCCCGAUGGGUGUCCUGGCGCAGAUCUUUCAACCAUGGUGUAGGCCAUGUAGGGAACUCUUCAGCAGGUCAAACACAACUCAACAAACACGGUGGCAUUCUGGAUCAUCUGGAGAGGUUUGAUGGAGGAGGCUGGGAGGCCACACAGGAGGGAGCCACAGACCUCCAGGCAGGAUGUCACCACGGCCUGAACAAGGAGCUGCGUACAGUGCGUUCUGAAAUCUGAGAUUCUGCUUGGAGAUGCUAGAUUCCCACUACGCUGGUCUACGCAGCGACACCACUCCUGUGACCCGAGGCCUUUUCUUCGGCACAGAUCACCUGCAUGCGAGUUCUGCUUGAAACUCCGCUCCCUGCUUUAUGCGUAGUUAUUCAUGUUGCGAGUAAAUUCAUGCAGCCGUGAAAGUACUUUGAAAGGCCACAGGGGGGAAUGUGCGGGCUGUCGAACCUUGAACGGCACUCAGUUGUGAGAUCCAUCCCCCACAAUCAGUGUGAAUUUAACUUUUGGUUAGGCUGAGAUAUAUUCAUAUCGGUAAGGUUUUGUGUGAUAAAAUAUGUAAAACCCAAAAAUUUUAGAGUGAGUGACUGCUGUCUGCUACUCUGCGUGUCCAUGUCUCCAUUAUUUAAAUGACAUAGAUGUUUCUGUGUUCAGCGUGCGUCUUGACUUGUUUACGAGAGUCCCAUUGGGAUGACUGUAACCUCCCCAAACACUCUAAUAGGAAAAUUCACGUUAUCUUUUCUUCAGGGACUCGUAGGCGAUGGAACAGCUGGAACGUCUGAUCGUGCUCAGAGCACACCCCUUCCCUCACUGCCGCUUCCUCCCCGAGAAGAGGGCGCAGAGCAAGAGACAAAGACAGCGUAACACACACUUCAGAGGCUGCAGACUUAAAGGGUCGCCAGAUUCACCUCUAAAAUCCUGACUUUCUGUGGUUCCCUUCCUGAGCGCUGCUGAGCUCUGAUCCAGGCUGGUGGCACUAAGGGUCCAACAGAUUAACACCAGUUUGAAGCAAGAGGAGAAAUGGAGAGGCUGCUGAUCUUCUUCUCUCUCUGCCUCGCUGUCAUGGCGGACAGUGGGGAUGUAACCUUCAACCUACAGACACUUACUUUGACAUGUCCAAAAGAAGCUAAAAGCCUUAAACAUAAAGAUGUAGAGAUCAAAGAUGCUGACAUAAACCCAUAUGUUGUUACCUACACUGAAGAGAAGCAAGGGCUGUAUGAAUGUUCUUAUGAAGAAGAUGAAGCCACACAGAUAUACUAUUUUUAUGUGAAGGGAAAGGUGGGUGACAAUCUCUAUGAGCUGGAUGGGUUUCUUGUGGCCGGGAUCAUAGUGGGAGACCUGUUGGUGACCGCGGGGAUUGUCAUCAUCAUUUACCUCUGGGCCCAGAAGAAAUCUGCAGCAGCAGCAAGAGUCUCUGCAGGACGCUCGGCGCCUCCCCGCUCUGCCCCCCGUGGCCCUGCAGUGCCCAACCGGGACUACGAGCCUCUGAACCUCAGAACCAGAGACAAUGCCACGUAUGCUGUUGCUGGGGUGAACAGAACUGGCUAGUCCAGCCAAUUCCAGAUAUUCCAGUCUCAGGUCUCUACGCAGCCCUGGUGUGGGGUGAUGUUGUCAUUCGCCAUCCUUCAACUUGACUGACCCAACACCUCAUCCAGCAGAACUGGGAAAGAAUAAGUCAGUGGUUCUCUGUUGACUACAUUAAGCCCAUCUAACAUCAACAUUUCUUAUAAACUUAUAU